AUGAGACUCUCAUACGCCGUGUCCCUUGCCCUCAUGGGCGCCGUGCACGCGGCCGUCUCAACCAUCUCGGCCUAUGGCAACAAGUUCUUUUACGAGAACGGAACCCAAUUCUUCCUCAAGGGUGUCGCCUACCAGCUCACGGAGGACGAUCCCCUGGUCGACUCGGAGCAAUGCGCUCGCGAUGCGGCGUUGAUGCGCGAGCUUGGAGCAAACUCGAUCCGGGUCUAUCACGUUGACGCCUCCAAGGACCACUCAGACUGCAUGUCCACCUUGGCCGAUGCUGGCAUCUAUCUCCUCGUUGAUCUCGACACCUUCGAUACUUACAUACUCCCGACUAGCCCAUGGUGGAACCAGACCCAGUACGAACGGUUCACCGAGGUUAUAGAUGAGUUCCAGAAGUACGACAAUACUCUUGGUUUCUUCGUUGGAAAUGAGGUUAUUGCUCAAGCGUCGCAGAGCUUAGCCGCUCCAUUUAUCAAGGCUGCUGCCCGUGAUAUGAAAGCAUACCGCAACUCGAAGGGCUAUCGCAAUAUCCCCGUCGGCUACUCUGCGGCUGACAUCGCUGAGUUGCGGCCCAUGCUGCAAGACUUUCUGACCUGCGGUGGAAAUGAUUCAGACACUAUCGACUUCUUCUCACUGAACAGCUACGAAUGGUGUGGCGAAGUGGACUACCAGACAUCCGGCUAUUCAAACCUUGAGGCCGGAGCUGCCAACUUCCCUGUCCCCAUCUUCUUUUCCGAGACUGGUUGCAACACCGUUCGGCCUCGCACGUUUGAAGAUCAGGCUGCGAUAUUUGGCAAAGAGAUGAUUAACGACUGGAGCGGCUCGAUAAUCUACGAAUGGAUUGAAGAGACAAACGAUUAUGGCCUGAUCUCGUACGGGGCUCCUGCCGAUCCCACAGCUACAGGCAGCAACAUCGUAGCCGGCUACACUAGACAAGGCACUCCAACGCCUGUGUCUCCGGAUUUUUCCAAUUUGAAGGCGCAGUGGGCCACGCUCAACCCAACGGGCAUAAUGAGCUCAGACAUGGAUACUAAGUCCUUGUCUACGCGAUCUUGCCCCGCCUCGAGCACCGGCACUGCGGCUUGGCUCCCCAACGGCGAUGUCCAGCUUCCCACAGUCGGCGAGACGUUGUUCGGAACCACCUACACGACGUCUGUGCCAUCUGGAGCAGUGCCUUCUAAUGGCGCGCCAGUCGCCAACUCGACAAGCGGCUCAGCUUCUGCCACGUCGAGCUCGAAGAGUCCUGCAAGCCCGAAUACGCAGAUUACGAAAAUGACUGCCGCACUCUUGGGUCUUCUGUUGUCCUUCACGCUAGUGCUGUGA